CUUGUCACAUGAUCUAAAAAAUGGCGCCGGCGAGCAACUGCUUAGUUUAGAAUAAAACAGAUUUUCUGGAAGGCUAAUAGAUUUGACAUCUUCAUCUUAUGCGAGGCUGCGCCAUUUUAAUAAUAUUUCUCAAAUGUGCUGUUCAUUUAUAAGAAGUGAUAUGUUUACUUCAGUAAAACCAGUUCAUUCAGAGGCCGCGUAUUUUAGGUCACGUGACAAAACAAUUCCUACUAACAGUAAAAAUCUUGACAAGAUACUGCGGUGCUGUGAGGGAAGCUGCGGUUCCGCUGGUCGUGACCUGAAGCCUCGCUCCUUGCAUUCCUGCCGAAACGGAUCCGGGGGAGCCGGUGGGAGGAGGAGGAGGAGGCGGUGGGCGCCGGGUGUUGAGUUUCACCUCCUCCUCCUCCUCCUCCUCCUCCCCUGAUCUCCGCUGCGCUCCUCUCAUUGUUCCCGCACCGCGUCAGAUUCGCGUGACAGCCGCGACUGACAGCGUCCGUUCCGCGCGCCGCUCCGCGAGUCAUGCCCGAGAUGGAAACGGGGCGACCGCCGGAGAACAAGCGCAGCAGAAAACCCGCUCAUCCCGUCAAGAGAGACGUGAGCGACGAGAUGAAGAGCUUUGCUGAAAACACCAUGAAUGAGUUGUUGGGUUGGUACGGCUAUGAUAAAGUGGAUCUGCAGGACUCAGACGCCGCUGACGGACGGAACCGUGUCAGACGCAACCAUAUAUCAGUUCUUAAAGAGAACUCGGUGCCAAAGCCACACGCUGUAGAGAAGAAGCCGCCGCCAUCAACAUCAUCAUCAUCAUCUUCCUCAGAGCCCGUCAGAAAUGGCGAGAAGGAGCCGGCGUCCGUCCCUCUGUCUCCGUCUCCGUCUCCGUCGUACUCUUCCUCGGCGUCGCCGCGUGUGAAGGAGCAGCACGGCAUGAACGUCAUCGUGCCGCUCAUCAAACCCUCUGCCGUGGAGGACGUCCAGAACGUGCCGAUCGUGUGCGUCUGGUGUCAGAAGGAGGGCAUGAAGCGUUAUUCUCUGCUCAUGGGCUCCGAGCUCAAGAGUUUCUGCAGUGAGAAGUGUUUCGCCGCGUGUCGACGCGCAUACUUCAAACGAAACAAGGCUCGAGAUGAGGAUCCUCAUGGUGACCAGUCUCCGCCCCCUGGCCAGACGCUGGACACGCCCUCAAGACUUCUGAUGAAGAUGAACAACAACACGCGUGUGUGUGAUUGGUGUAAACACGUGCGUCACACUAAAGAAUAUCUGGACUUUGGUUCGGGUGAGGAGCGGCUGCAGUUCUGCAGCACCAAAUGUCUAAACCAGUACAAGAUGGACGUGUUUUACCGCGAAGCUCGUGCCGCCCUCUCCGGCCCCGGCUCCGCCCACAAAGACGAGGAGACUCGUCCCAAAACGGCUGUCGCGGAAACCCAGAAACUCCUCACCCCGGAGGCCUGGGACAGACCAGCGUCAACCCUCUCGGUCCAAACGCCGCCGCCCCCGACACAGCAGCGAACGCCCGUCUCAGCGUCCCAGCCGAAGAUUCAGACGAGCGUGUCGCCCUCUUCUCCCGCCGGCCCGUCUCACAUUACUCCGGAACAGCCACGCCCACCUCAGAUGCCCCUCCCUUUUGUGCGGCCGCCCCUCCACGCCCAGGGCCUCCGAAGCCCCGCCCCUCAUCCUCCCCGUAACCCGCCCCGCCCCCUCAGCCCCGUCCAGAGGGCUUCCUUUGCCCCGCCGCCUCUUCUCCAGCCCUUCCCCACCCCCUACAUGCCCUUCCACCCCGCCUACCCGCCCCAUUUACCCCCGCCCUGGCCGCAGCCCAUGAUGUUAUCGCCCUAUCCGGUGUUCGUGCCAAUCCCGGUGCCGAUUCCCAUUCCCAUCCCUAUUCCCCCUCAAACAGGCCACAAAGGAGUCAUUCGAAGCCUGCAGGAGCAGGAGGACGAGCGUACGCUCGAUCCGGGGCACUCGGAGGAGACCAACCAAAAAGUAAAGACCGAACGAUGCGUUUCCCCUCUCGCGUCCGAGCGGCAGGUGAUUCAGUGUCUCCGCAAACAGCCGGUGAAAGAGGAAACUCACACGCCCACAUCUCCAAUGCACAAAGCACUUUACGCAUCAGUCGUCACGCCCAGAAUCGUCACUCCCGCCUCUUUGUACUCACUGGCUCGUUCGACCGCCAUACAAGCCGCCUCGUUUUCAUUGGACGGCUCUGGCUCCGCCCAGAUUCCGUCUCCUGUCUCCGAUUGUGAAGAUGUGAAAGAGAACAGCUACUUGGGUGGGCGGGACGACGGCUCGACCAAUUGCUGGUCGGCGGAGCAGACGGACUGCCGGAGCGACCAAUCGAAAGAGAGCAGGGGGGAGGAGGAAGCGCCACAGGAUGUAGAGCACACCUACGCGCGGUCGGUGCCGCCCAAACUGCGCGAGAAAAACACACUGAUGGCCACACAGAUGCAUUUACACACUCAAACACAAUCCUGGGAGAAAAACACGGAUCUGGGAUCCGAGCCGAGGGACGAUUCAGAGCCGCCCGUCAAGAGACGAUGCUUGAGAAUCAGAGACCAGAACAAAUGAGGGCAGGGUGAUGGAACGAUCGAGUCGAGUGUUUCGGGGGGGCGAUGCGGUGUGUGGACGUGCAGAGGACGCCUCAGUGAAGCCCAUCCAGACGUCCAGCAGCAGCAUCUGCCCCAGAGCAUCAUGGGAGUCACCGCUCGAACGCGUGUGAUCCAGUUAGACCACAUAUGUGUGUUUUCCUGCCGAGCUCCUACAAAGCCAGGCAUUGUUCCACACUGCCAGUGUGUGUGUGUGUGUGUGUGUGUUCAGCUGUGGUUUAGGAUUACCUGACACACUGGCGCUUUGGCUACAGGGCAUUUUUAGACUUCGCCGAAAGAGUGCCAAGAGCACAAACACACUCGCACACGUAUGUCAGUACAUUGAGCUCUGCGGCUCCUCAAACAUUUGGAAACUGUACAUUCAGGAAUAUGAGUGUUGAACGAUUAGAAUCGGAUCAGAUCUCUUCAGUUAUUGGCCAACUGAUGGAUGUUUGAAGUCAUUGCCAACAGAUUCGAUUCAGAUCACAUAUCACUGUGAACGAGAAACGGCAGAAAUACACGUCCAGACGUUCAAACGCGCUUCACCCAGUUCACGUGUCUCAUGAUCUCAACAACUAGGAGUUCAUUUUGGAGCAAACAGUGAUAGAAAUGUGCUCAUGAUACAUGUUUGGUAGCGUCCCCAAAUACUAGUCAGUUUUUGCUUCCAGAUGAAUUCUUUCCAUUCAUUUUUCCCAUCGGGAUUUUAAAAAGUGUCCGUAAAACCGCCGUAAGUCAUGAAUUAAACCAACCGGCUACAAGGAGAAUCGCAGCAUUACACACGUGUAGUUUUAGGCAAAUAAGCAUUUGAAAAUCAGACAAAAAGACGGGAAAGAACUACAAUCCCGUGAGGCAUUGUGGAUAACAAUCGAUUUAAAAACAGUGGUUUAGAAUAUAACUUCAUUUUAAGUUAUGGAUUAUAUUUAUAAAAACUAUAUAUUUUAGGUUUACUGCAAAGUAUGUGUUUCAUUGAGUGGGUGGGGCUAAUGAGUUCUUUUGGUGACUUUCUGAUUGGUGGAAUUUUGCAUUGCAUCAUGGGUAAUGUAGUUUUCCCACCAUGGAUUCCACUUUUUAACAUAAUUAUUUUAAAAACAACUUGAAAUAAUGUAGAUGUUUAGUUAAAACAACCUCUGAGUUGACAGCAGAUCUGCUUUAACGGUUUAUAAGUUAUCGUUAAAAUUCAGUUUCCCUAUGGAGAAAGUGAAUGGAGUCGGCAUGAUAUGGAAUGUCAUCUGUUUUCAAAAUGCAUGUUAUAGAUUUAAUAGUAAGCAAAUCAUCUGUGCAUAUGUUUUAUUGUAAACAUGUUUAAACUAUGUUUUUAAAGUGCCACGCCCACAUCUCAACAUCCAAUCAACAAAUGAUGCUUGGAGCCAAGCCCCGCCCUACAUUUGAUCCCCCUGAUAAUCUGUUACACCAGUUACCUUUCAUCAGGACUUUAAAGAUUGAGUCAGUGUCCAAACCUUUGAUUGGUAGCGUUUACCAUGGUACUGAAAUAUUCCUGACAUGGUACUUUAAAAAUAGUGUUAAAAUAUUACCAUGGUACUUUUGAAAAUGCACAUUGAAAAUACUCAGAUGUACUUAAAAUACAUAGGUGUUACUGUGGUAGUAUCUUAAAAAUCGAUCUUAAUACCACGGUACCCUUGUGCCAUUUGCAGCGCUGAUGGAGAAAAAACCGUGGUCGGUUCGUUUCUGAGAACUUCUAAGAUUCCUGCAUUGAACUGUAGAGUUAUAUUUUGUCAUUAUUUGAAAUACAAUUUGGAUUUUUCGAUCUUGAGAAAUCUCUUCACUGGAGUCCAGAUGUUUUCUCAAGCCAUUUGUCUUGAAAUUUGCCAAAUCAAUAUAGAAGAGCUAAAUGUCAGUUACUAAAGUAUAAUUGUACCCUGUUGCCAUAAACAAGACAAAAACACGCAUUUAUGAAAUGAGUAACACGUGUGUGUCAGUUUUAUAAUUGACCAAAGCCAUCAGAUGGUUUCGUUUCUGUCCAGCAGAGGGCGCCAUUGAUAUUUAAACACAUAUUGAUGAGCUGUGUUGAUAUAGAUGAUUAAUAUUAAUUCAUAUGAUUAACCGAUGUCAGACUCUCUAAAUGCACACCAUUUCACACCGGUGCCAAUCGAUACAACUAACAAUGCGUUUCACAGAAGGCCAAUAUCGAAAAACACUUUUCUUUCAAAUUGUUUUUUGUUUGUUUGUCAUGGUUUAAUUAUUACGACGGCGUUUUAGUGCCACCUUAAAAAAUAAAUAAAUGUAAGAUUA